GUAUAUGUUUUUAAUGAUUUUGCGUGAAAACCUUACACAAAGCAUACAUAUUUCAGGUUUUAGUUGAAUUUUUUCCAUUUAUUUGUGUGGUUCUAUGCACACUUUUGAAUCGAUGCUUUGUAGAAUCACCUUUUUAGCCGUGCACAACGAAAGACGUCUCUGUCAGAAAAUAAGUAACUCUUGUUUUUAUUACAAAUAUUGCUGAUUCUUUCUUCUCUUUCAGUUUUGCUUAUAUAAAUCAGGCCACAAGGACAUUUCACUACAUUUUUAGUCUGACUAAAACACUUUGAUAAACGCGCCUCACAUUUCUUCCUCUUUUAAAAUGUUCAUGAUAAUUCCAGGAUUUUAAGAAAGUAUAGGUUUUUCCAAAGAAGACAAAAUUAUAAAUAAAACCCAAUGCUAAUCUUUUGUGCUCAUUUACUUUCAGAAAACUAGACAAUAAAUGCGCCUGCUUUCCAGGAGAGAUAUUCUGUCUCGCCCCAACAGAUGGCAUCCAAAGAGAGCCAUCUGACAGCAACGCUGCUGGCCUCCAUCCUGGGGGCCGUGCUUGGGCCCCUGCAGGUCGGCUACCACACUGGCAACGUCAACGCUCCGGCCAGGGUCAUCGAAGAGUUCUUCAACAGCACAUGGAGAGCCAGACACAACCAAUCGAUGACGGAUCACAGCCUGACCCUGCUGUGGUCGCUAUCCGUCAGCAUCAAGGACUUUGGAGCGCUGCUGGCCUCUCUGGGGGUUAAACACCUGGCAGAUUCAUACGGCAGACGAAACUCCAUCCUGAUCGCCAACUGUCUGUCAGUGGCAGCGGCGUGUGUUAUGUUUGCCUCUAGAGCCAGCGGGUCGUUUGAGGUUCUCAUCCUGGGUCGGCUGGUGUUUGGCCUGUUCUGCGGUCUUGUGAUGAGUCUAAACCAACUCUACAUCCAGGAAGUGUCCUCUACCAAUCUGAGAGGAGCCUUUGCCACACUCAACCAAGUGUCAUUAGCCUCUGGCAUCCUGAUAGGGAUGGUGGCUGGUCUGGAAACAACGCUGGGCACAAAGAGCAACUGGGCGAUGAUGUUGUCCCUGUCUCUCAUUCCGGCCCUGACACAGUAUCUGGUUCUGCCUUUCUGCCCAGAAAGCCCUCGCUACCUCCUGAUGAACCGGGGAGAGGAAAGGAAAGCGGAAACCGCCCUGCUGAGACUGCGAGGCCACGCUGACAAAGUGUCCAGCGAACUGGAGGAAAUGAAGGAAGAGGCUGCACGCACCCCGACCCGCGUCACUGUCCGGGAUUUCCUCCAGAAACGGAGCUACAGGCAACCGAUCCUCAUUGUUCUCCUCGUCAACUUAGGGAGCCAGCUUUCUGGAUUCAAUGCAAUUAUCAACUACUCCACUAAAAUGUUCCAGGCCAAGUUCAAUGAGGCCAAAUAUCUGACUCUAGGUGUGGGAGUUGUCAAUGUCACCUUCACUUUGGUCGCAUUCUUCUUCAUGGAGCGGGCCGGGAGGAGGAAGCUGUUGCUGGUUGGUUUCCUCUCCAUAGGAGUUUGCAAUUUCCUAAUGACCAUAGUCGACUCUGUUCUGCACCUGGUCCCAGAGCUGCGGAGCCUGCAGGUCCUGCUGGUGUUCUGCGUGGUCUCGGCCUACGAGCUGGGCCCCGGCCCCAUCUCCUGGUUCAUCGCCGCCGAACUGUUCGACCAGCCCGGGAGACCGAUCGCCAUGGCGCUCACCAGCAUGGUCAACUGGGGAGGGAAGUUCGUCCUCGCCCUCCUCUUCCCUCCGCUGCUGAAAAUCUGCGGGGCCUACGUCUACUUGAUUUUCACGGCCGUGGCUCUGCUCGCCUUCGCCGUCACGUGGCUCCGCCUCCCGGAGACCAAAGGCCGCACGUUCGACGACAUUGUGGAGGAGUUCAGAGGAGCGGAGGGAAUCCCGCUGCACAACAGCGUCGGAUUCAACACUUUCGCCUGAGCAGCUGAUUAUUCCGUCUCCAUGACGAUACAGAGGAAACUCAGCCUGCUGACAGAAUAAUACAGAAACGAUUCCUCAAAUAUAGAUUUUGUGUGUGGGGAGGGAAGCAACACCACACCUCACAUUUAAUUUACUCUUUUGACUAAAAUCUUGGAGAAAGAAAUGCACAGCUCUAGACGAAUCCCAUUUGAAAUAGUCAUGAUAUUUAAAGGAACAUUUUCAUUUUAGAUGAUUUUUAUUUUAAUUAUUAUUCUUGGUGGAAAGAUCUGAUUUUGCAACAUUCUUCUGUAACACACACAAAUGUUUAAAAUAAGGAUGUUUAAAGGCAACCGAAUCAAAGUUUGACAUGAUGAUAAUGAAAUCAGAGCCAGACAUUUUGUUAGACUAUAACUUUAAAGUUCUGUAAUAUAUUAAACUAUAUUUAAUCACUGACCUCCUGGUUGUUUUUUCUUUAUGUUGAGGUUUGCUGAGGAAAACAUCUUCUGUUAUGUUAUGUUAUGACCACCACAUGUCAUUUAGUGAAUAUUAAAAAUGUUGCAAAUAUUGAUAAUUAGGAAUGCCUUUAUGAACUUCAGUACUCGCUGCCUAUGGCAAAUAUUCAUAAUUUAAAGAAACUUUACAAAUAAAAUAAAUGAAUAAAAAAGCCGUUUCAGCUCAGUCACACAUACAAACAGAAACAGGAAGCAGUACGUUUCAGUGGACUUCAUUGUUUUGGUAAGCAGGAUCAAUUUUGAAUGUCGGUCAUUGAAUUUGAAUUGGUCUGUGUGAUUAAAUUUCCUUCUGUUUGUGACGGCGUUUGUUG